AUGGGGGCCCCCAUCUGGGUGGCUGCGUCCGUUCAGACCCACACUCCGACCGCACCUUUUCCCACCUUACCGGGAAGCUCCCUCGGCCACAGUGGCUCAGCAUCCUGGCCUCGUCCCAAGCAGCUCUGUCCCCUUGCUCAGUGUCACCCUGGGGCCAUCUCCGUGCAAGUUCCUGCUGACACAGUGGAUCCCGCCAUCCGUGGCUUCCCAGACGCGGACGCCCAGGCGCCUCCGAGUCUGGGCUUCCGGGGCCAGGUGGCUUCCCAAGCAGCUCUGUGUCUGGUGAUGGAUUUUGGGGACAGCUCUGGGGUUCCAGUGGCGAUCCGCAAUGUGACUGGAGGAGCGGCGGUCACCGCCUACCACCAGUUCGGGAAAGGAGCCUAUGUGCUCAAGGCACGUAUCUACGAGUUUUGUGGAACUGAAAAGGAGCUUGGGCCUUAUUAUGUGGAGAUCGGCCCUGCAACCGUGUCCGUGUUCAUGAAUUCCAGCAGCAUCCACAAGGACGAGCUUCUUGUCUUUGCUGACUGCAGCACAGUUCAGAAAGGCACCGCCGUCUCGCUUCGACUUCCAGCCUGUCCCUCGGGGGACGUGGCCUUCACUUCUCAGAGCCGAGCGGGGGGCGGCCAGGCCCAGCACCGCGUCACGGUCGGGUAUCACAUGCAGCCCGUCUCUGUCUACACAAAUGGAACCGUGUUUGCCACCGAUGUCCACAUCACUUUUCUGGCUGUUACCAAGGAAAUGACCCCCCUGGAGUUCGUGUGGUUGUUCGGAGAAGGUCCCCCCGUGAAGACAAUGUCCAGGAGCAUUAAGAAAAGACUUGGCGUCCCCCAGUGGUACAGCGUGACGGUGCAGGCUGCCAGUGGGCGGGGCAGCGUGGCCUCGGAGCCCCACCGCGUCAGGACGCAGAGGAGAAUCGUCGCCAAUCGGCUCGUGUCCCCCUCCUCAGCUCUGCUGAACGCCAGCGUGACCUUUGAGUGCAGACUCAACUUUGGCACCGAUGUCACUUUCCUGUGGGACUUCGGGGACGGCACCGUGGGCCCGGGGGACAGCUCCGCUAGUCACAUCUACAGCAGGGAAGGACAGUUCACCGUCCAGGUCCUUGCCUUCAAUGACGUCAGCACCACCUCCCUGAGAAAGCAACUGUUCAUCGUACGGGAGCCCUGCCAGCCGCCCCCUGUGAAGAACAUGGGGCCGGGGAAGGUGCAGGUGUGGAGGUCUCAGCCUGUGACCCUGGGCGUGACAUUCGAGUCUGAGAUCCUCUGUGACAUAUCCCGAGGCCUCUCCUACACCUGGACCUUCUGGAACUCCCAGGGGUGGCCGGUGCCCCUGCCCCCCGCUGUCAGCACCCACAGGCAGACCGUCACCAUCCCCAGCUACUUCCUGGAGCCCGGGAACUACACCGCUCUUGCCAGGGUUCAGGUGGAAGGCAGCGUGGUGCACAGCAACUACAGCGUGGCGGUGGAGGUGCGAGCCCGGGCCCCCGUCAGCGUCAUCUCCGAGGGCACGCACCUGCUCCUCUCCAGAGCCCCCUCGUUCACCGUCGUCCUCACGGGCUCCCAGUCCUACGACCCAGACCGCCCGGGGGCCGCCCUCAGCUAUCACUGGACGUGCACGGCGGCCAGCAGCCCCGGGCACACAUGCUUCGCUGCCUCCUCUGCACACGGCCUGGGCGCUGGGGCUCCCUCCCUGGCCUUCCCUGCGGACUCUCUCAGCAACAGCUAUGACCAGUUUCUCGUGACGCUGACGGUGUCCAGCGCCGGCCGGAACUCUUCAGCGGCGCAGGUGUUCCUGUCCCCUCGCCCCGACUCGGCUGUCAGAUUCGUCCACAUCUCCUGGGUCAGCUUUAAGGACGUGUUUGUUAACUGGAACGAGGAGCUUUCUUUUCAAGCCAAGUGUGACGAGUGUGGUGAAGGGCCCCAUCUGUCCUACUCCUGGGACCUCUUCCUGGUCAACGGGACAGAAAGGACCCAAAUGGAAGUUCCCUUUUGUAGAACAGUGGGGCUGCUGGGCGCCGCCGGACUGGGGGCCGUUUCGAAGCUGCCAGAGUCCAGCGCACCGCCCACGGAGCCGAGCUGGCUGGAGCCGCACGCAGUGGGCACACCAUCUUCACGGGAGCCGUCACCACAGACCCAGGGCCAGCUGGUCCUCUUGGCCACGGGGAAACCCUCCUCGGGGCCCGCGGUCGGCCGGCACCGGGUCCCUGCUGCGGGUGACCAGGGGUCCCCGGGGCCCAGCCCCACUGGGAGCCCGUGCCCCUCCCCCUCUGAUUUUGAAGCCUAUUACAGCGAUAUCCAGGAAGCCGUGCCGUCCAGAGGGAGACAGCCCGCCGACUGGGCCGAUGCCAGCCUCCCGGGAGCAGGCCCGAGUUCAAGUGCUGACGGGGGCCGCGGGGACGGGGACAACCUGCUGGGCCCCUCGGCCCCCCUGGCUGCUGCCAAGCCCACCCUCGCGGUGGACUGGCCCAAGUCCCCGGUCGGCCGUGCUCGCUUCCACGGCUACACCUCCUCUGGUAUCACGGGACACACGGUGACGAUAAAGCCAUUCUCACUGAGCCCUGGGGACACAUACGUCCUACAAGCCUCUGUGGCUUCCCCGCACCGCUUACUGGGGAGAGCUCAGCUGUACAUGACGCUCAAUCCGGCUCCGCGGGACGUGGCCUGCCAGGUGCAGCCACAUCGUGGCCUUGAGGCUCACACCGUCUUCAGCAUCUUCUGCAUGUCGGGGAGACCGGACUUCCGUUACGAAUUUAGUUAUCAGAUAGGAAAUGCCUCCAAACGCCCUCUGUACCACGGGAGAGACAGCCAGUAUUAUUCCGUGCUGCCAGCUGGCGAGCCCUUGGACGAUUAUAAAAUCACGGUGUCCACUGAGAUCACAGACGGCGCGGGCUCCCGGGCACCACCGUGCGCCGUGACGGUGACCGUGCGGCCCCGUUUCCACGGGAAUCUCUGCCUGGACGAGGACACCUAUAACUCCAGCCUGAAGCACCUCUCCACCCUUCAGCUGAUGGGCAGUUACACAGAGGUCAGGAACUACAUCACCGUGAUGACCAGGGUCCUGACUCGUUGGGCUGCAGAGGACAGAAGUCCCUCGUGUGGCCAAUGGUCACGAAUACAGGAUGCGCUGAUUUCUUCUGUGUGCAGACUGCCUUUCGCAGACCAGGAAGAAAUGAGCGAUUCUGUUCUCAUGUUAAGGGACCUCCUACGCUUCCCUCAUAAGUUAAGCUUUACGAGCGCGGCUCUCAUCCUCAAAGCCGCCCGGGGACUCCUGGCUCAGAGCCCACUGUCGGGGAGGCUCGUGGUGGACGAGGGGCCAAGGCUUGAGCUCAUCCUGCUGGUGUCCGAAGUCUUGGAAGCAUAUGACCAGGACAAACCGAGGACUGCGGGCUACCUGCAAGAAGAGGGGAUUAAGGUCAUCUCAGAUCUCUUGUUGGAUGGCCUCUCUGCAAGCAAGGAGCAUCAGCUCCACGUCAGCACUGGGCAGAUGGAGUUCCACGUGCUUCUUCAUCGCGACCUGCAGAGCUGUGUGCAGGGCCUGGGCUCCGUCCAGGUGUGUUUCCCUGCAGACCUGGCUGGACAGAGUCCUACACGGGCGGAAACGCAGAGCGCAUGCUACAUUAGCCGCCUCGUGCUCUUCAAGAAGAACCCGUAUCCAGGGGGCCAAGCUCCUGGUCAGAUUGGCCAGGUGGUCGCCCCGUCCCUGUUCAGCUGCUCCAGCAGGAGACCCAUCAGCAGGUGGCGGCUGAGGGAGCCCAUGACCGUGGAGUUCGGCGAGGAGGAUGCCCUGGAAAAUAGAACUAAGAUGACGUUUGUGCUGCUCCGGGAUAGAGUGAAUGUUCAUCAGUUCAUCGGGCAUUCUGCAAACCCCAAGGAAUCUCUGCACAUAAGGAUAGAAUUUUCUAGGCCUGUUCUGAGAGCUUUCCCGGUCAUGGUGCUGGUAAGGUUCUCUGAGAAACCUACUCCUUCUGAUUUUCUCGUGAGGAAGGUCUACACCUGGGAUGAGCAGACGGUGCAUGUGUAUGCACCUGCUGGUCCUCCGAGAGACACCAGCUUGGGAUAUUUAUCCUUACUAGACGCUGACUAUGACAGAAGCCCUCCGAACAAAUACUUCGCGCCGGCAGUGAACUACACGGUGCGUUUCCAGUGGGUCCAGUGCCUCUUCUGGGAAGCGAGAGAGUGGAAAUCUGCAAGCUUCUCUGCACAGCCAGGAGAGUCUCCAGAAAAAGUGACCUGCAGCUACGACCGCCUCGCGCCGGCCUCUGUCGCAAGAAGAAACCUGAAUGCCAGUUUUUCAGUGAGUGACGUUUCCAAGUGGCAGAGCCAGCCGGAGAACCUGCUUCCCAGUAUUUUGGUGGCGGUUUUUACGAUUCUUUAUGCACUUCUGGUUACUAAAAGCAGACAUGUAGAUCGUCACGAGAAGAAGAAAGCUGGUUGCAUUUUUCUGCAAGAAGAUGCUCCCCCCGGCCACCAGCUGUACGCAGUUGUCGUGGACACGGGCUUCCGCUCUCCUGCCCGCUGUAGUGCCAAGGUUUACAUUGUUCUCUGUGGUGAGAAUGGGUUUUCAGAACCCAGAGAACUCUACUGUCCAGAGAGGCCCCUGUUUGAAAGGAAUUCCAGACAUACUUUCGUCCUGAGCGCCCCCGCCCUGCUGGGCCCGCUCCGGAGCGUCCGUCUCUGGCACGACAGCCGUGGGCCCUCCCCAGCCUGGUACGUGAGCCACGUCGUGGUGAGAGUGCUGGCCCCCGGGCACGGGGGGAGCUCGCUCUUCCCCGCCGAGUGCUGGUUGGCGGCGAGCAGGCGGGACGGCCGCGUGCAGCGGGAGCUGAGCUGCCUGCGCGGGGGUCUCGGCUUCUGGAAGCUCCUGUAUUCAAAGUUCACGGAGUACCUGGAGGAUUUCCACGUCUGGACCUCCGUGUACAGUCAGCCGUCCCCCAGCGGCUUCCCGCACACGGCGCGCCUCACCGUCGUCUUUGCCUUGCUGUGCGUGUACGCCUGUCUCACUGCCCUGCUCACGGCUGCAGGACGAGAGCAGCUCCCGUGGGCUCUCGGCGCCCCCGAUGCCGCCGCCGGGUCCUUCCGGACGGGUCUCCUGUGCACCCUGCUGGCUUCUCCCGGGGCUCAGCUCUUGUCGCUGAUCUUGAGGCUCAGCCAGGAAGCCCGCAGGCCCCUGAGAAGAGCACCCUCAGAGGCAGCUCAGGCCCCCAGCAGCGGGUUUCGAGGACUUGCUGAGCUUCGGUGGCCGCGGGCACUGUUGCCUUGGUCAGGCUGCGCAGCGUGGGCCGUUUGCGGGAUGGUCUCUGUGGCCUGUGGCUUAGGGACGGCGUUUCUAGGAUACAGGUUCAGCCCGACGCAGUGUGUGCGCUGGUUGCACCUGCUGACGCUGUCCGUGCUGUGCUGCGUGUUCAUCUCGCAGCCGCUUCUGCUGAGAGGUUCCCUCGCGACUCUUGCUCGAAAAAGGAAAUCUUUUCAAAGCCAGUCCCUCGUGAGCCUGGCCGAUAUGACUGCCUGCGUGCGGGGGGCGGCCCGGGCCUGGCUGGGGCUGGAGAGGCCGCAGCGGGAGGAGGUGGAGAUGGCUGGGAGGCGGAAUUACUACCUGGAUGAAGUUUCCGAUCUGCUAGAUGAACUUCUGUGGAAAAUUCAUGGUUUGUCUGACAGCCUACAACGUCCUCGUCCAGAGCUGCGAUUUGGUGAUACGGGAGAGACCAGGGCAGAAGGCUGUCCCGCGGUGGGCGUUUCUGCCUAA